CGAAGCAUUCCUCGCUUCUCUGCCAAGCCCACGCGUGCCGAAGCAAACCCGAUGAGCUUUGCUGACCUCGCAUCGAAUGCCCCUUCCCUCCCACGGACGACCGCAGCGAACGUUCCCUCGGUAUCGGCAUCCUCGACCGGCAAAAAUAUCCCCCUCCUGGAUAAGUUGAGCCUGAAGUUGGAGCAGUACCAGAGGCAAGUUGGUGCAGUGCGACGACAGGCGCAGAACGCCCCAACAUCUAUGGAGGGCCAACAAGAGUUGGAAGAUCGCAUCAAGUUUGCAUGCAUGCUGCAAGACGAGAUCGCGAGGUUACUGCCCCAGCUCCCGAGAACUCCCGCGAUGGAAGUGAGUCGGCGCAAGCUGCUCAAGGACUUUGAGCGCAUCUCAAAUCAACUGGAAUCGUCCGUUCAAGAUGCGGCAAAUGCGCAAAUCAAACAAUCCGAAGCAAUGCGGUACAAUGUCGAGCAUGGCGAUGCAUCAACCAGUCUCCAUGCGACCGUGAAUGGCCAGGCGAUUGAAUUCAAGCAAUUGGACAACGAAAUCGCUCACAACGAAGCACUGAUCGAAGAGCGCGCAAAAGACAUUGAUCGGAUCCACAAAAGCGUUGCACAGGUCAACGAAAUCUUCCGCGAUUUGGCGGCAAUCGUCGGGGACCAGCAAGGCGCAAUUGACGACAUUGAGAGCCACAUUGACGAGUCUCUGGCGCAGACUCAACAAGGGCUCGCGGAAGUCAAGAAAGCUGCGGCAAACCAAAGCAGUUGCCACAUCAUGUAGAGGAUUUGUGCAAGUACCAA